GUGGCAAAACGUCAAAAGUCAAAAUCCGCUGUCAAAUUAAAGAUGAUACGGAAAACAACAGCUGUUUUUGUUUCCUAAUCGUUGAAUACGUGGUAUUCGUACAUAUCAAAGGUAGCAAUUAUACUAUUUUAUCGGGUCAUGUUAGUUAUUAUUAGAUUUAGUGUUAACAAACAUGAAACAAAGGACGCGGGUUCUGCACAGUGGGGAUGAACUGACGUCCAACAUGAACGGUGCUCAGGACGAUGUCGAUGUUCACAGCGAAAUUCAACUGUACAGGAUAAAACCACAGGAUCACUUCAUUGAGGCACAAGUACAAGAGGGAGACACGUUACAAGCUAUUGCGCUUCGAUUUCAUUGUUCUAUUUCAGAAUUGAAGAGGAUCAACCACAUACAUAAGGACAACGAAAUAUUUGCAAGACGGACAAUAAAAGUACCUGUCACUCCAUACUCAGUGCUCACAGAGAUUAUCCCGGCUGCAAAACCUGCAGAACCUGUACCUUCCACGAGCACCUCAACUAGCCUAAAUUUAGAAAAUCUACUACAGAGUCCCGUGCUAAACAGACUACCUCAAAACGACACUGCAACUUCAAAUGAAGGAGACUUCUCUAUUGACUGCAAUGCUGUAGUUUUAAACAGUACUCUUGCUCCUUCAGUCAUACCUUACACAGAUACAGAGCAAAACGAGCUGGCCUCGGAAGACACCCAAUUACUACCCGGCAAGGUCAAAGAACCUGUUGAAGCAGUAGUAGUGAAACAGCUGACAUCACAAGGAGCGGACCUUGGACUAAAGUGGUUCCACCUACUGGCUUUUGUGAUAGUUCUCGGUGUAUUUGCACCUAUUAUAUAUGUCCUAUUUUUCUUGGACAAACACGAACACUCGGACGUACCACCAUUACAUCCAACUCGAUAGAUGUAUGUAAUAAAAUUAUUAUGUAAAAUAAAAGCUUUAAGUUACGGCGACAUUUUUAUACAUAAUUUUUAUAACAUGUAUGGAUGAAUUGUAUAUUAUUUUAUUCUAAUAAAAAAAAGUUGUGAUUCUUAAAUAUAAUUGUAUUGUUGUAAGUGUA